AUGGGGAACCUGACCCAGUCGCAAGCCUUGCGAGGCAGUCAGGCUCGCAGCCUGAAAACUUCGGAACGAAAGCUUGCUGGCAAUGCUAAGAUGAAACUCAGGCUCAGCAGAGUGGAGCAACUGUCCGAUUGGGUCGAGAGCCUUUCACCGAAAAAUCAAGGCUUGUUGGGCUUCGGCACGGUGGUUACCUUCGUUUCGGCGGGCUAUCUUUCCUCUGAAGCCAUGGAAGGCGAGGACAACGAGGGAAACUCGUUCACGGUGGACAGCUGGGAUGAGGCAACUUGGGAUGCGACGCAGGUCAUAUUGCAGACCACUGCUGAUGUAGCGACCAAUAUCCAGGGUCUCGGUAAAUAUGCGCCUCUGCUUGGGCCUGCCAUGGCUACCACGCUCGCCGUCGUCGACAUGUUCAUGCCUUUCGAAGACGACGAGUUAACCAAAGAUAAGGUCGGGGUGAUGAUCGACGAAAAGCUCGCAAAGGCCAAGAAGGAAUGGAUGAAAGAAGUGCUCGAGGAGACGAGGGGACUCAUCCAGGAUGCCGUUGAUGCUAACAGUUUGCGGGAGACGCAGCUGGAGAUCCGCAAGCUCACUGGAGAUCUCUACUCCGCAGCCACCUUGGAUUUUAUGGGUUCUGAUGCGGCCUUGGCGUACUUGAUGGCGGUGGAAAGCAGCAUCUCACAUCUCGCAGACAAGCUCUUCUUGCCUUGUCUGCACGAUGGCUGGCACACCACAUCGUGCCGGGAUCGAGUUGGUGCUGGCGCGGUGACGAUGUUCGAUGCCCUGGCUGGCGUCCACUACGGCAUCUUCUCCGAGAUCUUCCGCAACGUGAACAAGAAGCUCCAACGGCUCAGAGAGCAUCUUUUCCGUUUCGCAGACGUGGAUCCAAUGCUCACCAACCAGACGCUGGUCAAGAACUUCAACCUCAUUGGAUGUCCGAACCCCAAUCCAUCACAUGCUGACCUGGAGAUCUUCAAGGCGCUGCCCUACUUCGUCGUCAUGCGGCACUUGGACUGGGGUAGUGUGAGCAGCGAGGUUUUCUACACCUACGAUGCCGCAGCGUCCAAGUUUGCUGAGUACAACGGGGGAGCUUACGCCGCUGUACUCGUGGACGGCCACUAUGGCAAACCGGACUACAGCAACCACUAUUAUGGGAAUCAAGGUGCGAAAGAGGACUUCUGGAAUCACUUCGCGGAUACGUACAAGACUUGCUCACCCGUCGCGCAAUGGGCCAACGUGGGCCUGGCUUGUAGCGGCUGCAGGGGUCGCGUGCAGGCAGACUGGUAUGGAGGCCAUGGAUGCCAGUACUGUGCACGCAUUGGGCAUCGAUGCACAGCGGCCGCGGCAGUGGGGUCUACAGGCACCUGCGAGGUUUCCUCCGACAAGCGAUGCGAUGAGGACAUCACCACUUCACACAUGCUCUGCACCUGCGAGGCUCGAGAUCCGGCACCCUACUUCGUGUUGGAGCACGUGAAUUGGGGCAGCGUGACCGAUUUUGCUUUCCAUGACAUCAACCAAGCCAAGACAAAGUUUUCGCAGUUGAAUGGUGGACCGAAAGCGGCCGCGCUUGUGGAUGCCCGGUUCAACGAGCUGGACUUCUACGGCAACAGCAACAAAGAUCUCAUCCUCGCGGACUUCCUGCAGCACAUCGUGACGAAGUAUGCGCCGAAGGAAACCAAUGUGGUCCGGACCAUGCGUGGAUACUGCGAUGCAGUUGAUGGGGGGGAAGGUGGCGAAAAGGCGAGGGCGUGCUGUGGCCUCGGCAAGGACACUUGUGCGGUGCAGUGCGCAAAUGACGCCAAUAUGGUGCUCGACUUCGACAUCUACCGCAAGAUGCAGGCGAAGUUGAAGGGGGUGAACUCACAUUACAGGUACCUGCUCGAGCAGUCCCUCGACAAGUUCCUGGAUGUCAGGCUGAGCAAGGUCUUGUGCGACGGUGUUGGCUGUCGCGACGAGGGGAGCCUCACCCACGGCAGCCCUGAGGUUCUGGCAGGGGCGACGGCCAAGGAGGAAAGGCAGCGCGAGCUGUUCGGCAAGUCCAUGGGCGCGCUGGUGAACGUGGACAUGUUGACCUCCAGCACGAAGGUCUGGACCAUGGAGGAUGUUGACGGCGAUUGGAGCGAGGUGAAGUUCUCCACGUCCCAGCCCAAAGGCUAUGCGCGCAUCAUUGCCAUCGUCAAGCACAACAAGAACACGCCCAUCCUCACAAUCAACGGCGCUCGGAAAGGUUCGCCCACCUGCGCGUCGCCACCCGCAGGAAAACAGUUGAGGUGCCGAGGCGACAACCCUCAGUGGGACACCGACACAUCGCCGCUCUUCUGGGACUUCGAGCUCGAAGGCAAUGAGGUGACCAUCGCCAGGGAGGUGCUCUACUAUUAUGGCGCAGGAACUCCAGCCCGUGGAAAAUUCUCCGUUUUGAUGAUGCGCGUUCAGCCCACUCCUCAUGCAUGGCCAGGGCUGGUUCCAGUACAAAACAAGUUCGACCUGCCGUCUCGCGGCUGUAGCGUUGUCGACGACAGGUACAUCAGGUGUACCGGCACAGACAGUGCCAAUGGAAGGGACAAAUCCUUGGUGCUCGAGCUCUCCCAUGAACAUAGUAUGCUACUGAAGUGGGAGGUCAGCUUCUACAUGCGCCUCACGGGUCUGGGCAACUCCGCCGCUGCUCUCCAACUUGUCCCGGACACUCAGAAACAAAUCCCUGAAGCCCUAAACCUGUAUGUAUGUAUGUAUGUAUGUAUGUAUGUAUGUAUGUAUGUAUAUAUAUAUAGACCUUAUAUAUAA